AUGAGUUCUUUACCGAUAAACAAGAACUGCAUGCUAAGCUAUAAAGCUGCAUUGUUAGAGGAGGUGGAAAGAAGAUAUGUGCGCAAUACUACAAUCAUCUAUGCAGAUCCUGAUUUUGGUUCAUGUCAAGCUAAGGAGCUUUCAGAUCACCUCGAAAGUGUUUUUGAUAAUGAACCAGUCUCCGUCAAGAGUGGCCUGCACAUUGUGGAAGUUAAACCGCAGGGUGUUAACAAAAGGCCUAAUAGUCGACCGCCUUCUCUAGACAAUGCAGCAAAAGGAUAA